AUGUCUGGUCUCGCCAACAAGGUCAAGGACUCUCUGAGCUCCGAUAAGCACAACUCUGGUGCCCCUGAGGGUACCUACGGCACUCACAACUCGCGCGCUGCCAACGCUGCCGACCCUCGCUUCGACUCUGACAUGGACAACCGUGCUGCCCCUGGCACCACCACCGGCACUGGUCUUCACUCCACCACUGGCCACACCGGCACCACUGGCACCUCUGGUCUUCACUCCACCACUGGCACCACUGGCACCACUGGCACCACUGGCACCUCCGGCCUCCACAGCUCUGUUGGCGGACCUGCGCCCAACACCGACGGCCCUCACAAGUCCGACAUGAUGAACAAGGCCGACCCUCGCGUCGACUCGGACCGCGACUACAGCAAGAACGUGGGCUUGAACUCGGACCGCUCGGCCGACCCCAGCAAGGGUCCUUCCGCCCCUGGUGCCUACCGUGGUGAGAACAUGGGCACUUCUGGCCUCCACUCCACCACCGGCACUCACGGUACCACUGCUGGCCACACCGGCAUGGGCUCCGAGAACAUUCCCGGAACCACCUCUACACACACCGGCACCCACGAGGGUAACUUCGGCCCUCACUCCAGCCGUACUGCCAACGCUGCCGACCCCCGCAUCGACUCUGACCUCGAUGGCUCUCGCAAUGUUGGCGCGAACCGCACUGGCGGUCUUGGUAGCACUACCGGCACCACUGGUACUACUGGCCACCACACUACCGGAACCACUGGCACUACUGGUCACCACACCACUGGUACCACUGGCACCACUGGCACCCACCACUCCUCUGGACUGGGCGCCACUGGCCCUUCCAGCAAGACCACCGGCCCUGCUCCCAACACUGCCGGCCCUCACAAGUCGGACAUGUUGAACAAGCUCGAUCCCCGUGUCGACUCCAACCUUGACGGCUCCAAGACCGUGGGCGGUGACAAGACCCACGCUGCCGACAACACCUUGUAA